AUGAUUGCAACCAAUAUAGAGAAUCCGGAUGGUCCAGGACGCUCGAGAUCCAAAAGAACUAUCGCCGAAGUAGAAAAAAGCAGUGUGAACGGUCCUGAAACCGAUAGUACCAAGCCAGAUAUACUGAAUUCAGAUCCACAAGAAGACCAAGGAGAAGAAGGAGAAGAAGAAGAAGAAGAAGAAAACGAAAAAUCAGCGGCCAAGCGUGUAUGUCGACUACCCGCCUACAACUUUCUUAGGUUCUGCUACCGUCAUAAUCCCGAUAUCCAGCAGUCUCCUACGCAUACGGCAUGUUUUCAACAAGACGAGCUACGACGUGCAAAACUGCGGAACCAGAUCGAAAAAUUGGAGCCUAAGCACCAACAACAAGUCAGCGACGCUCUGCAUGGAUUCCUAAGCUGUAGCGACAAAAACAGACGUCUAGUGCUGGAGGGAAUAUUGACCAACUGCUGUUUUCCCCAACUCUCAUUCAUGGCAUCUGAGAUUCAAAGCCUGAUAAAGCUCGAUUUCAUCAGCAUACUGCCCGAAGAGGUAUCGCUCAAGAUCUUGGGGUUUCUAGACUGCCAAAGUCUAUGUAAUGCCACACAGGUAAGUCGUCGGUGGAAACAGCUGGCCGACGACGACAGAGUAUGGUAUCACAUGUGUCAGCAACACAUUGAUCGAAAAUGUCCCAAUUGCGGCUGGGGACUCCCUCUACUGCACAUGAAAAGAGCUCGCUUCAUAGAAACCGGCGAUCCUGCAGCCACUACAAACAAGACUGGUACCACAGAUGUAGCCAAUGGUACAGUUGCAAAGAGUGGCAGAAAGACGCGACCUUGGAAGGUUAUUUACCAAGAACGUUACAAAGUUGAAUCCAAUUGGAGAAAAGGAAAGGCACAUGUACAGGAGUUCAAGGGUCACAUGGACGGCGUUCUAGCGUUACAGUUCAACUACCGACUAUUGUUCACAGCUUCUUACGACUCUACAGUGGCCAUCUGGAAUUUGGUCACUGGAAAACUGGUCAGGAGACUCACGGGCCACAGGGAUGGUGUUAAAACAUUGUAUUUUGACGAUCAAAAACUUAUCACGGGCUCACUGGACCGCACAAUUCGCGUUUGGAACUAUGCCACAGGGUCCUGUAUCUCUACGUAUCGGGGUCAUUCCGACAGCGUACUAAGUGUGGACUCGUGCAAAAAAAUAAUUGUCUCUGGAUCGGCUGACAAAACCGUGAAGGUGUGGCACGUAGACUCCCGCACUUGCUACACGCUGCGAGGUCAUUCAGAAUGGGUGGGAUGUGUCAAGCUGCAUCCUAGCAGCUUUACAUGCUUCAGUGGUAGCGACGACACCACAAUUCGAAUGUGGGAUAUUCGUUCCAAUACAUGCAUAAAGACGUUUCGCGGACACGUUGGCCAGGUGCAAAAGGUGCUGCCGCUAAAUAUAGUGGACACUGAGCAUCUGGUGGUAGAUGCGACGUGCGAAGCUAAAGUUUUGCCUGAAGAAGCAGGAGAAGAACAGGAAUCUGGACGCAACGGGGCUUGGGAUGACUCUUUACCAUACCCGUCCCAUUUGCUAUCGUGCUCGCUGGACAACACCAUCAAGCUUUGGGAUGUGCGCACCGGGGUAUGUGUACGAACCCAUUUCGGACAUCUGGAAGGAAUCUGGGAUAUCGCGGCUGACAAUUUCCGUAUUGUAAGCGGGGCACACGAUAAGACCGUCAAGGUCUGGGAUCUACAAAGCGGCAAGUGUAUCCAUACGUUUGAUAGCCAUCAGGCGCCCAUAACAUGUGUGGGCAUAGGUGAUUCAGAAUUCGUGAGUGGUGAUGAGUUGGGCUGUGUCAAAAUGUAUCGCUUUGAUUAG